AUGGCGAGGGAUGCACGGCUCGGACCUUUUGUCGCGCCUGCCCUGGCCCCACUGCAGCGCAUCACCAGCAGGGAUGAUGCGCGAGACACCGGUCAAAUCCGCGGUCCCAGUUCCACCCCAACCUCGGCUGCCUCGGAAGAAGAAGCCUCCUCUAAGAGGCAGCUAGCCAAGUAUCGAUCGCGCUUGCGCUUGCACCUCUUCGUCUCAGCACCGCAGAUUGUCGGUCGCCGCUUGGCGAGCUUAGCUUCAGCUCAUGCGAGCCUUGAAAAGGCGCUAAGGCUGGCCGGGCAAACUUCCGUGUUUUCCGCCUCUGCACCGAACUCACCGGUUGUUUCGCACGUCGCCGACGUCUGGUCCCUAGCCGAGCUACGUUCUUAG